GUGCAAUUUCCAAGUGAUUUCUGGAAAACCUUCCCGUUGGGCCCCGGUUUACAUCAACUCCACAGUGUGAUAUAUUGCUCGAACGCGAUUCUCGUGGCUAUCUUUUUCAGUUAUAAUAUAUUCUCUUCAAACAUCUCUUUUUGCAAACUUAAUGUUAUUUCAAACAUUUUCAUAGUCUUGAUAGUAAUGGAUGGAGCAAGUUCAAAAAAUGCAAGACAAAUUAGGAUGGCUAAGAUGAAGGACAAACGUGGAAGUUCUGCGGGUGAUGAGAAUAUUUCAGAUGUUUACAGCCCUUCAAGUCAUGCAAGAAAAAUUAGGAAGUCGUACAUUGAUGGGAAACGCCAACUUUGUUCAGGAGAUGAAACACAAGUACAUCGAACACAAACUCCGUUAUCAGAUAUUACGAACAAUGGGAAACGCCAACUUUGUUCACGAGAUGAAACACAAGUACAGAGAACACAAACUCCGUUAUCAGAUAUUACGAACAAUCUUGAAGGUCAAAAUAGAACCGUAACUAACAUCACAGAUGGCAAGCGUCUAACGCAUGAUAAGAAGUUACUCGCUUCCGUUGCUCGAACUUUAUAUGUUGGAGAUAAAGACGAUGCUGGAUCAUCAACGGUGCCUGCACUCGGUAAUUUUUUUAAAUGCUAA